CUCUUCGUCCUUUUUUUUUUUUUGAAAACUCUCUUCGUCCUUCCCCUCCCUCUCUCCGCGGCGGCAGCUCCGAACGCGCACGCCUCCUCCGCCAAAGCCUAGCACGCCGCCGACCUCGACGGAAUCCUCCCCUCGCAGUCAUCCUCUCCGUCGCCCUCCUCCUCCUCCUCCUCCUCCUCCUCGCAGCCGGGUAGGCGUGGCGCGAAGAUCCAUCCGGACCUGGAAUCGUCGUUUUUCUGGUAAGGAAACCCUAGCUCGCUUGGAUGGGCUAUUCUCUAUGAUUUUGUUUCCUGCCGCAGGCGCUUGUUGUGAGCCGUGAGCAAUCGAAACCAGAUCCCUCUCUCCGUUUCGGAUGCUUCGGUCCUUGCGCCCAGUCUGCUGCUGAUUUUGUUUGCUGUGUGGAUAAUACUGGCCGCUAACUUCAUCCGUCCCUGAAUUGUGCCGGUUCAACUAACAACUGAAACAGCAUGCCGCACGAUUAGGCCGCAUCCGAGUCUGGGCGCCUCGUGGUAUAGUUGAUUGUAGGGGAACCUGUUGGAUUUGUUCUGCUACAAUCGAUAAAAGGUCACAUAAACUUUUGGAUAGGAGGAUAAUACCAUCUCGUUCUUUGUAGUUGAGGUUGAAGAUUGUUCUAAAAAAUGGAGAUCCAGACUUCAGGGAAGCCCAUUGAUUUGCUGAUGGAGAAGGUUCUUCGCAUGAACAUUCUGUCUUCUGAAUACUUUAAGGAGCUCUACAGGCUAAAAACCUAUCAUGAAGUCAUUGAUGAGAUCUACUCUUGUGUCGAACACGUGGAACCUUGGAUGACUGGCAAUUGCAGGGGGCCCUCCACUGCAUUCUGUCUUCUCUACAAGUUCUUCACCAUGAAGCUUACUGUCAAACAGAUGCACGGUUUGUUGAAGCAUCCUGACUCCCCAUACAUUAGAGCUAUCGGUUUCUUGUAUCUUCGUUAUGUUGCAGAUCCAAAGACUCUGUGGACAUGGUAUGAGCCCUAUUUGAGGGAUGAUGAGGAAUUCUCCCCUGGAUCUAAUGGCCGUGUGACUACCAUGGGUGUUUAUGUCCGUGACCUUAUACUCGGACAGUAUUAUUUUGAUAGUCUUCUUCCAAGAAUUCCUCUUCCAGUAACUCGUCAGGUAACAGCCAAUCUUGAGAAGAUGAAAUUACCCACCAAGCUUUCUGGAGUGACUGGAGACUCCAGUCGUCAGGGAUCAGAAGAUACUGCACGUCGCCCUCCUUCUGUGAAAGCCUCUCUGUCAGUUUCCUUUGGACAACGGGCUCCACACCGGGCUUCCACCAGAGAUUCAUCCCCUGUUCGGCGAACCAUCACCCAUGAUGAUACUCGAAGCUCUUACUCACCAUAUCGUCGCAGUGGUAGUCGUGACGGUCCUGAUCGUGAUCGUUCUGACCGGGAACUUGACCGUUCUAGCCGUGACCGGGACCGUUUGAGCCGGGAUCAGGAUCGCUCAAGACGUGACCGUGAUCGUGAUCGGGACAUCAGAGAUUAUCAUCAACGUGGGCGUGAUAGCAGGGACCGUGACUACUACAGGUCCAGGCAUUCAGAAGAAAGACGAGACGACAGAAGGGAUCGUGAAAGUAGCAGGCACAAGCGCUCUAGCUCUCGUCAUAGGAGCAGAAGCCGGAGUCGAAGCAGGGGCAGGAGCCGAAGCAGGAGCCGGAGCCGGAAUGAGCAGCGAUCCAGCCCAUUCAGGGAUGGAAAUAAAGAUAAGGCAGCCACCGUCUCAAGCAACCUAGCAAAGCUGAAGGAUCUGUACGGUGAUGUUACUGAGAAGAAGGAAGAUGGCGAUACUGAAAAGCUUUGCCGUGAUUCAUGCGCUGAGGAGGUCAUCAGGUUAGGAGGCCCUAGAUGGAGGUAAAUUCAGACCUGUAAUACUGCGGUCUCUACCUGUCAAUGUGCUGCGUUGGUUGAGUCUCGAAAAGCUACUUGUUCUUAGACUUGCUAUUGCUGAGUGUUAUUUUGAAUCUCGACUUCUUAUCACUAAGAGUAGUCAUUAACGGAUUUUUCAUAUGCUGCUCCCAUGCAUCUGGAGAUAUUGGAACAUACUGUAUAAACACAUGGUGUCCCGUGC